AUGAGGGAUGAGGGAGGAGGGAGGAGGGAGGAGGUGACAGGUAUCACUAGUGCCCUGCACAUGAUGUACACUAAAAUCCCCAUCAGGACUGCUGGCCUACCUGAUAGAGCCCCAGGGUAUGCCGAGGACAAACGGUAGCAUUCCCUGGGCAUGCUUUGGGCUUAGGUGAGGUGCAUAAUGUGUUCAGAAGGCAUAACUAGUUCAGAGGUUAUCCCAUGUUUUUGGAAAGGAUCAACCACUUUUAUGCAGUUUUUGUCUGAGUAGAAAUAGAUUUUUCACUGCUUCUGGAAUUGAAAGCAGGAACCAGAGCAGAGCAGGAGGUGUUCUCUUUUUUGUAUGUGAACUGAAAGGCUUGCUCCAUUGGUGAACUGAAAGGCUUGCUCCAUUGGUGAACUGAAAGGCUUGCUCCAUUGGUGAACUGAAAGGCUUGCUCCAUUGGUGAACUGAAAGGCUUGCUCCAUUGGUGAACUGAAAGGCUUGCUCCAUUGGUGAACUGAAAGGCUUGCUCCAUUGAUGGCGGUGAUUCUCUGGGCUAAUGAAAAACCACUUGUCUCAUCAAGCCUGUUUUGGAUGGUCUGGUGAAAUGCAUGAUGGGUCCUAUGUGAAGUGCUCAUGUGGCUAAGGCUGAUAGAUUACCACUCCGGUUGUGUCUAGUGACUCACGCGCCGUUUCACAUUCAAAACGUAGAAAUCUGCAGAAAUAUAGAGCUUCCUUAUCUAAGGUAUCUUACAUUGUAUCAAAACCCUUAUCACUUGUAGUAUGCAAUAAAUCUGUCAUACACUGUACCAUUAAAUAAAAACAACACCACUGCAAUGGUUGUGCUGCUCUGCAGACUUAGAUAUUCUAAUGUAAUUGUUCAUUCAUAUGACACUGACAUACUGCAAGACCCCCUGUGUGUCGUCUAGUCUGCUGGGGCAUGAGGAACACGCAAACAUCUACACCACAUCAUGCAUCAACACACAUGAGCCUACUUCCUCCAAGGAUCUCCACAGUAUGAAAGAGAGUGAGAGAGAGAGAGCGAGAGAGAGAGUGAGAGCGGACAUAAGAGAGAGAGAUAGAGAGAGAGAGAGAGAGAGAGAGAGAGAGAGCAGAGAGAGAGAGAGAGAGAGAGAGAGAGAGAGAGAUCGCGAGAUAUAGAUAUCGAGUAGAGAGAGCAUAGAGGAGGGAUAGAGACUCUAGAGAAUCUCUCAUCUCUGAGCGCGACAUAUCUCUAGACGAAGCUAGCUCAGCUCAUUAGUAUAUCUAUCAUCCUAUUCUCUAAUCUCUCUCGUUCUUCUCUCUCUCUCUCUCUCUCUGCUCUCAUCUCUCUCUCUCACUCUCAUCUCUCUUCUAUCUAUCUCUCCCUCAGUUUCUACUUUCUAUCUCCUUCUAGAGAGAGAGAGGUAGUCACAUUUUGCCCUGUAGAGCUUGCAUUCUUCAUAGUGUGUUGAGUAUAGAGCCAGGCUAGAACAACGUCCCAGAGAUCUGUCAUUGUCACCAGCAGCACAUCACUACUGCUGACUGAGUGAUUAGCAUACGAGACUAAAUGCCUCUCCCCAGUUCCCCUUGCUACUGUACACGACUCCUUGGAGACCAUACAUUCCCCACUAUGACUGAAAUAUUAAUGGACUUCACUCCCCCAUGCAAUUAACCUGUGAUGGGUAGGUUCAUAUCCCACCUCCUUACAAUCUGGGUCACAUAGUUAGUAGUUGUAGCAGCACCUCAAGAUCCUACCCCUGUUAAUUCUGCCUUACAACUCACUGUGUUAUGUAAUCCUCCUGCACUGUAGAUCCCGCUGUUGUCAUGUUAGAGACCUACACUCUUAGAAAAAGGGUUAUUCGGCUGUCCCCAUAAGAGAACCCUUUUUGGUCCAGGGAGAACUCUUUAUGGUUCCUUGUAGAACCCGUUUGGGUUCCAUGUAGAACCCUCUGUGGAAAGGGUCCUACAUGGAACCCAAAAGGGUUCUACCUGGAACCAAAAAGGAUUAUUCAAAGGGUUCUCCUAUGGGGACAGCCGAAGAACCAUUUUAGGUUCAAGAUAGCACCUUUUUUUUCUAAGAGUGUAUUCUGGCAGAGAAAGUAUCAGAGCGGGCAGAGACAGAGGUGCAAGUCUGAUCUCCAUCAUAGAGAAGCCUUAAGAUUCUGCUUUAUGCAAAGGGAGGAAGAGAAGACACAGGGCUAGGGUGUGUUGUAACAUUAUCAAGUGUGGGAAAGAGUACAGUGAGGUCUCAUUGGUAUCCAAAGCCCCUUUACUUACCCCAUGUCCUUUCUGUCCCCCGAUAAAGUUUGACAGUCAUGGUGUGUGUGUCCUUUCUGUCCCCAGAUAAAGUUUGACAGUGACGGUGUGUGUGUGUGCUGUGAGCUGCAGCACCAGAGCUCCAGCUGCAACAACCUGGGAGAGACGCUCAAACUGAAUCCACUGAGCGACUGCAAUACCAUACGCCGACACCUCAAGGUGGGUGGAAGUGUGAGAGUGUGUGUGUGCGUGUGCAUGUGUGUGAAUAGACAGGUAUGUGUAUGUUACACCAUUUCUUCUUUGAUGUGUACUCUAUAGCCUCGUUCUAAGGAAAUGAUUCCUAUUAUGUUAUGUUGUUCAUAUAACUUGAUCCUCUUCAAGCUGAAAUAUUAUCCUACUCUGUACUUCAUCUGUGUAAUGAAUAACAAGUCAUGGGAGCUUAGCUGAUACACAGACAAUGUAAAACACAAGUUGAAACGUAUAGGCUCAUAAAAGAAUAGGAAACUGAGAAUGACAUACGCAUUUGUCUCCUGCUCCACACAUAGCUCUUAGUCAUUAAUUGCAUGGUCUGUCGGCUUGGCUUUGCUAGUUCGCUCAGUUCAUGAUCUCUGGAGAUUAUAUGAACUGAAAAGCCUUCUGUCGGCAUGGUGAUCUAUAUGCUGCUACAUCUUAAUUGGAUUACAGUGUUCACAUGCUUUCAUUUCAUGCCAUUGAUGGAUUAUAAAACAUUGAUAACUAAAUAAAAGUCCCUUUAAAAUGAAGCAUGGGUAUGAAAGAGGAAAGAUCAAACCCUGUUAGUCAUCAUGAUCAUAGCCCAUUAAAAAUAUGUCCGAAUGGACGCUAUAAAACUGUAUUACGUGCUAAGGAAGUCAGAUAGGGUGAGUUAUGUCAGAUGUCACAUAAGGCAAUGGCCAUCACAGCUCUCCAUUAUCCUCUGUCUAGAUAUGAAUGGUGAUAAGUAAAACUGCUGCUGUCUGCCUAGAAACUUCCCUCCAAUACACAGCCUAGCCAGUUAGAUGCAUUGCAUGUAUGUCACCACUUUGACGUAUCAAUGUAGUUCACAGUUAACUACCCAUUUCAAACCAGAACCUGUAAAAAACAGAACCAGUUUUUUUUCUGUAAAAAAGAGAAUAGGUUCAUAUCCCCAUAUAUAUUUUAAUACUUAUACCCCAAAGUAUUGGUUUCAUUCACACAUGUUCCUCUUCCUGAAUUUUCUCCCGUCACUGCCUAAAGCCAUGAGUAAUGAGUGUGGAGCGAGGAUUCAGUUAAUUUGUGGAUUCCUGAGUGAAGGCAGGGUGUGUAACCUUGGCAAUGGAGCUCCUGACCCCAGCCUGGCUCCAGGUAGGCAGGCAGGGCUGUUGUGUUCAGGGAGGUUAAACUCUGUAUGAACAGCCUAUUAACAGCUUCCUUCAAGGUAUUAUUACAGUUGCUACCCUGACAUGAUUUACCAUGUCAAUAUGCAAUUGUUAGUCGCCAGGGAAAACACACACAAGUAAUAUUUCUUCUCACAUCUGCAAGGCAGAUGUAUACAACACAGCUAGAACACAAAUGUGCUGUCUGUGUUUUAGGAUCGCCCAAAACCCAUGAAAAUUGAACAAUAAUAUGUAGUUGUAUUUUUAGUUUAUAAAGAUGUGAUUUAUAGUGUGUUGCCAUGGACCACAUGCGUGUGUUCAUUUCUUUCACAGGGAAUACAUGUAUGUAGCACUUAGAAACACUUACAAGUCAUUAUGUUCAAUAUAGCCCAUGACUCAUGAAGGGUAUUUUAAGUAUUCGCUUUAUGAAUGUACGAUUUAGUGUAAAUGUACAGUACCAGUCAAAAGUUUGGACACACCUACUCAUUCAAGGGAUUUUCUUUAUUUUUACUAUUUUCUACAUUGUAGAAUAAUAGUGAAGACAUCAAAACUAUGAAAUAACACAUAUGGAAUCAUGUCGUAACCAAAAAAGUGUUAAAUAAAUCUAAAUAUAUUUUAUAUUUAAGAUUCUUCAAAUAGCGCCUUGAUAGUUUUGAUUUACAUUUUACAUUUACGUCAUUUAGCAGACACUCUUAUCCAGAGCGACUUACAAUAGUGAUGUCUUCACUAUUAUUCUACAAUGUAUAAAGAAAAACCCUUGAAUGAGUAGGUGUGUCCAAACUUUUGACUGGUAGUGUAUAUGCUAUGCAUACUAAUCUUCCUUCACAAAGCAACAGCAUGAUUUCGCAAAGCAACAAAACAGCAAUAACAUUAUACCAGAAACUGCACAAAACAUACCAUUGGGAUUUUCAAAACUUGAAUUCCAAUCUAUUCUUUUUAUUUCACAUUAUGCUUUUGAUGCGACUGGACAAUGACAUGUACAGUACAUAUUCAAUGCCUAGAUCUCUGGAAUAUCAGUCUAUUUUUCUCUCUCUCCUUGAAAUUGUAAGUGAAGCUCAAGAAUCAUUCAUUUUGCGUCCUCCUUUCUCUAUUCCUUUCCCCCAGAGUGAGCCAUUGAACUUACCAUUGAUGCCGGUUUGUUUGGUAGAUUUGAUGCACAAGGUGAUGCAACACCUCAAAAACAACUAAAUAAUAAAAUAGGCUACAGUACACUGAAUGAGGACAUGUGUCUCCUGAUACUCCCAGUAUCUGGAUUGGGUUUGUGUGACUAACAAGGCAUGGAAUAGGAACAUAUCCCAAAAAGAUGAGGAGAAAUCAUCUCUGUCAACACCUCAAACAAGAUAUAAUGCAAAGGAAAAUAAACUAAAUGUCUCCUUUUUGAAAAGAGUAAAUCCAUUACAAUGCAUGUUUAUACUCAAGGACCAAUCUACAUGUAUUAUUCAUCUCUCUAAGUACACAGGAGUGUCUCUGCCAAGCUAGCACUUUGUUCCCAUGUGUCAAAUAAAGUGACUGAGUCAGAACUAAUAACAUUAUCCUGUUUGCAUGUUAAGGUUUGAUCAUAUUAGGCCAGACAGGGAAGUGAUAGAACAUUGUUGAAGGCCAGAAGUGACAGAUCUGCCUCUUGUUUGACCUAUAGGUCUGUCUACUCUUGUCAGAGUGUGCUGAUGUGGAUGCGGUGGUAGAGUCAAGCGCAGGACACAGAGGAUAAGUCAAGACGACUUUACUAACACUUGAAAUAGACACAAAAUAAACGGCCUCAAAACACUGGAGGCGAACAAAUACGCGCAGUGCGUAAAACAACAAGAAAAGUCAAAAUACGCGGAGUGCUUAAAACAACUAUGUAGAGCCAAGGCCCCGAACCUAUCAAAACACGACAGGUGGAACAAUAACACACAAGAUACAAACAUAACAUAGGGGAACUUAUAGGUGACACAAUCAAUACAGAAUACGAAACAGGUGCACUAACUAGACAUGACAAAACAAACAUCGAAAACAUAAAACGGUAGUAGCUAGUACUCCGGGGACGACGAACGCGAAGCCUGCCCGAGCAAGGAGGAGGAGCAGCCUCGGCGGCAUCCGUGACAACUCUCCUUGUCAAAUAUCUCUCCACAGCUACUCUGACACUAUGCCAUACAGUGGUACUUCUAUGUGCAGUGAAUAUCCCUAUGAAAAUAAUACUGUGUUCCAAACAAACAUUGUUCACCCAUAAUAGCCCUCUAUUGUCUGUUUGAAAAUGUAAACACAGUAUUUAGUAUGAGAGUCAAAUACCAUGGCAAUUUGUGGUCCUCACUGUGUUUAGCUCAGGCUGUGCAUUUCUCCCUAUUCAGUAUCUACAUGAUCAGAAUGCCAGAAGAUAGCUAUUAGAAAAAUAACAGAACUGUAUGGGUGAGGACACUUACCGGCUUAUUAUUUCACCUUUAUGUCUAGCCAAGUAACAAAGAAAAGCAACAUGGGGUGAAAUCAAGAGUCUAUUUUCAGGUUGCAUGGGGUUCAAUUUCACUAGCAUGCAUAUUAAUUAUUGCUGAGAAUUCAAUAAAUCAGCUUAUGUCAAUGCAUAACCUUGGAACACAGAUGCCUCUUCAGGGGUCUAUUAUCACCUUACCUACAGAGACUAGGAAGAGAGAUGGUUCCAUGUUGAUCCAUGCUCGUUUACAAUGGAGCUGUUAUUGUAAAGCUGUGUUGAAGUACUCCACAUACCAACCUUAUAGGAGAUUGUUUUCGGGACAGGAGUUUUUCUUGACCAUGCAACCUGAACAGAAAAACUCUGGGCCUUAAACCACUGUUCAUGGUCUUGGUUGGUUACCAUGGUCCAUGGUGGUGAUGAGAUGUCCUUUUUCACAGUGUUUCUGUAAGGCCCCUCCUCAUUCCCAUCUCCUGUCGGUCUCCAGAGAGGCAGGCGUUAGCUUUAAGCUGCCUGCUCAUCACACAAUGUGUUUCUCAAAGGGACUGACUGAGAAAGGAUCUGUUUCAUAGACUCGGGACCUCACCUGCCAAAUGUAGGCUGUAUCUGUGAAAGGCUGUGUGAGUCUCGAGCUCUCUGGUCACAACAAUACCAAGGUUAUCAGAGAUUUCACCUGUCAUAUCUGUAACACUCUGGCUCCACGGACCUUUAUUCUUGAGCCAGGGUUGUUCAUGUUCAUUUGUUUUGGGUGUAUUUCUAUGUUGGGGUGUCUAGGUUGUGGUAUUUCUAUGUUGGGUGUUUGUAUUCAUUGACUCCCAAUCGGAGGUAACGAGUGUCAGCUGUUCGGCUCGUUAUCUCUGAUUGGGAGCCAUAUUUAGGCUGUAUGUUGUCCUGUGGGGUUUGUGGGUUUUUGUUUCCUUGUUGCUGUCGUUAUCAGUAGUGGAACUUCACGUAUCGUUCUUUGUUGUUUUCUCGUGUUGCACUUUAAGUAAAUAAAGUCAUCAUGUUUCUCGGAACACGCGCUGCGCUUUGGUCUCAUCAUUCACACGAUCGUGACAGAAAAACCCACCAAAAAAGGACCAAGCAGCGCGUCCAGGAGUUAUGGACGCCUCCUAAAGAUUUUUGGACAUGGGAGGAGAUCCGGGCUGGAAAGGGUCCUUGGGCACAACCGGAGGAGUAUCACCGCCCUCGGGAAGAGCUGGAGGCAGCCAAAGCCGAGAGGAGGUGGUACGAGGAGGCAGCGCGAAGGCGAGGCUGGAAGCCCGUGGAAGAGAGGCAACCCCAAAAAGUUUUUGGGGGGGGGCACAUGGCUUGGGUGGCUGGGCAGCAGGAAGCUGCCACAGGGAGUAUAGGUGAGAGGGCUAACGGAGUACGGGAGCCAUUGGCGAGAAGAGGCAGGGAUGUGUGUGUGGCACGGCGUGAAGGACUGAGGUGUGUUGCCAGUCCGGUCCGGCCCGUUCCUGAUCCUCGGUUGAGGCCAGUGGUGUGUGUUCCCGGUAUGGACCGGCCUGUUCCUACUCCACGCACCAGGGAUACGGUGCGCUUCGCCAGCUCGGCCCGGCCUGUUCCGGCCACUCGCACCAGGGAUACGGUGUGCGUCGCCAGCUCAGCCCUGCCUGUUCCUACUCCACGCACCAGGGAGACGGUGCGCUUCGCCAGCCCAGCCCGGCCUGUUCCUACUCCACGCACCAGGGAUACGGUGCGCUUCGCCAGCCCGGCCCGGCCUGUUCCGGCCACUCGCACCAGGGAUACGGUGCGCGUCGCCAGCCCAGCCCGGCCUGUUCCUGCUCUCCGCACUAGGCGUGAGGUGAGUCCCCAGGGUCCAGCAUGCCCUGUUCCGGCUCCCCGCACUAGGCGUUAUGGGAGUCCCCAGGGUCCAGCAUGCCCUGUUCCGACUCCCCGCACUAGCCCUGAGAUGCGUGUCCUCAGCCCGGUACCUCCAGUUCCGGCACCACGCAUCAGGCCUACGGUGCGUCCCCAGGGCCAAGCAUGCCCUGUUGCUUCUCCCCGCACUAGCCCUGUGAUGCGUGUCCUCAGCCCGGUACCUCCGGUUCCGGCACCACGCAACAGGCCUACGGUGCGCCUCAGAGGGCCUGAACUGUCCGUCUGCCCAACGGGGCCUGAACUGUCCGUCUGCCCAACGGGGCCUGAACUGCCCGUCUGCCCAACGCCGUCUGAACUGCCCGUCUGCCCAACGCCGUCUGAACUGCCCGUCUGCCCAACGGCGCCUGAACUGCCUGUCGGCCCAACGCCGUCUGAACUGUCCGUCUGCCCAACGCCGUCUGAACUACCCGUCUGUACAGAGCCUACAAAGCCGCCCGUCUGCCAUGAGCCUUCAGCGCCGUCCGCCAGAUCGGAGCCGCUAGAGCUCUCCGCCAGACAGGAUCAGCCAGAGCCUUCCGCCAGACAGGAUCAGCCAGAGCCUUCCGCCAGACAGGAUCAGCCAGAGCCUUCCGCCAGACAGGAUCAGCCAGAGCCUUCCGCCAGACAGGAGCAGCCAGAGCCUUCCGUCAGACCGGAUCAGCCAGAGCCUUCCGUCAGACCGGAUCAGCCAGAGCCUUCCGUCAGACCGGAUCAGCCAGAGCCUUCCGUCAGACCGGAGCAGCCAGAGCCUUCCGUCAGACCGGAUCAGCCAGAGCCUUCCGCCAGACCGGAUCAGCCAGAGCCUUCCGCCAGACAGGAUCAGCCAGAGCCUUCGGCCAGACAGGAUCAGCCAGAUCCGUCGGCCAGCCAUGAGCAGCCAGAUCCGUCGGCCAGCCAUGAGCAGCCAGAUCCUUCAGCCAGCCAUGAGCCGUUCAGCCAGGAUCCGCCUGAGCCAGCCAGCCAGGAUCCGCCAUUCAGUCCGGAGCUGCCCCUCAGUCCGGUGCUGCCACUUAGUCAGGUACUGUUCCUUAGCCUGGUGCUGGUCCUUAUCCCGGUGCUGGUCCUUAGCCCGGUGCUGCCCCUUAGCCCGGUGCUGCCCCUUAGUCCGGUGCCGCCCCUUAACCCAGUGGGGUGUAGUGGGGGGGUGGUAAUGUGUAGGAGGCUAAGUAAGUGGGUAAUGACUAUGGUGGGGUGGGGACCACGACCUGGGCCAGAGCCGCCACCUGGACAGACGCCCACCCAGACCCUCCCCUAGACUGUUUGCUGGUGCGCCCGGAGGUCGCACCUUUAGGGGGGGGUAAUGUAACACUCUGGCUCCACGGACCUUUAUUCUUGAGCCAGGGUUGUUCAUGUUCAUUUGUUUUGGGUGUAUUUCUAUGUUGGGGUGUCUAGGUUGUGGUAUUUCUAUGUUGGGUGUUUGUAUUCAUUGACUCCCAAUCGGAGGUAACGAGUGUCAGCUGUUCGGCUCGUUAUCUCUGAUUGGGAGCCAUAUUUAGGCUGUAUGUUGUCCUGUGGGGUUUGUGGGUUUUUGUUUCCUUGUUGCUGUCGUUAUCAGUAGUGGAACUUCACGUAUCGUUCUUUGUUGUUUUCUCGUGUUGCACUUUAAGUAAAUAAAGUCAUCAUGUUUCUCGGAACACGCGCUGCGCUUUGGUCUCAUCAUUCACACGAUCGUGACAAUAUCAAUGGGAAUCCAUUGCAUAACCUCAACAACUUUCAACAUUGGUUGCCUCCCAAUGGUGAACACAUGUCAAAAUAAAAAGAGAGCUUGGGCAAAUGUCAAACUCACACAAUUUUUUUACUGGCCAGUGUGGGUGUUUCAUUUCUUUCAAGACUGUUCCUGUGGUUGUAAGCAAUGCAGCUGACUGGGGGUUCAAAGCAGCCAGUCUGGGCUGCAGUUAGCUAGCUGUCUGUAAACAGGCUUUUAUGACCUGAAGUGUCAGGGCCGGCAGGGAUUCAUAUUGCUUCAUUCCCACAUGGUUUAAUGAGUGGAAGAGGAUGGCACUGCAGGAAAUGCAGUGCUGAGCUAUGAGGGUGACUGUGUUCUUGGUUGGAUCAUUCUCAGAUGUAAGGGGCGAUUUGCUGCUUUUAUUACAUUUUUACAUUUUAGUCAUUUAGCAGACGCUCUUAUCCAGAGCGACUUACAGGAGCAAUUAGGGUUAAGUGCCUUGCUCAAGGGCACAUUAACGUCAUUUAGCAGACGCUCUUAGCCAGAGCGACUCACAAAUUGGUGCGUUCACCCUAUAGCCAGUGGGAUAACCACUUUACAAUUGGGGGGGGGGGGGGGGGGGUUAGAAGGAACACUUUAUCCUAUCCCAGGUAUUCCUUAAAGAGGUGGGGUUUCAAAUGUCUCCGGAAGGUGGUGAGUGACUCCGCUGUCCUGGCGUCGUGAGGGAGCUUGUUCCACCAUUGGGGUGCCAGAGCAGCGAACAGUUUUGACUGGGCUGAGCGGGAGCUAUGCUUCCGCAGAGGAAGGGGAGCCAGCAGGCCAGAGGUGGAUGAACGCAAUGCCCUCGUUUGGGUGUAGGGACUGAUCAGAGCCUGAAGGUACAGAGGUGCCGUUCCCCUCACUGCUCCAUAGGCAAGCACCAUGGUCUUGUAGCGGAUGCGAGCUUCAACUGGAAGCCAGUGGAGUGUGCGGAGGAUGGGGGUGACGUGAGAGAACUUGGGAAGGUUGAACACCAGACGGGCUGCGGCAUUCUGGAUGAGUUGUAGGGGUUUAAUGGCACAGGCAGGGAGGCCAGCCAACAGCGAGUUGCAGUAGUCCAGACGGGAGAUGACAAGUGCCUGGAUUAGGACCUGUGCCGCUUCCUGUGUAAGGCAGGGUCGUACUCUCCGAAUGUUGUAGAGCAUGAACCUGCAGGAGCGGGUCACCGCCUUGAUGUUGGCGGAGAACGACAGGGUGUUGUCCAGGGUCACGCCUAGGCUCUUCGCACUCUGGGAGGAGGACACAGCGGAGUUGUCAACCGUGAUGGCGAGAUCAUGGAACGGGCAGUCCUUCCCCGGGAGGAAGAGCAGCUCCGUCUUGCCAGGGUUCAGCUUGAGGUGGUGAUCCGUCAUCCAUACUGAUAUGUCUGCCAGACAUGCAGAGAUGCGAUUCGCCACCUGGUUAUCAGAAGGGGGAAAGGAGAAGAUUAGUUGUGUAUCGUCAGCGUAGCAAUGAUAGGAAAGGCCAUGUGAGGAUAUGACAGAGCCAAGUGACUUGGUGUAUAGGGAGAAAAGGAGAGGGCCUAGAACUGAGCCCUGGGGGACACCAGUGGUGAGAGCACGUGGUGCGGAGACAGCUUCUCGCCACGCCACUUGGUAGGAGCGACCGGUCAGGUAGGACGCAAUCCAGGAGUGAGCCGCGCCGGAGAUGCCCAGCUCGGAGAGGGUGGAGAGGAGGAUCUGAUGGUUCACAGUAUCAAAGGCAGCAGACAGGUCUAGAAGGACAAGAGCAGAGGAGAGAGAGUUAGCUUUAGCAGUGCGGAGAGUCUCCGUGACACAGAGAAGAGCAGUCUCAGUUGAAUGACCAGUCCUGAAACCUGAUUGGUUUGGAUCAAGAAGGUCAUUCUGAGAGAGAUAGCAAGAGAGUUGGCUAAAGACGGCACGCUCAAUAGUUUUGGAAAGAAAAGAAAGAAGGGAUACUGGUCUGUAGUUGUUGACAUCAGUGGGGUCGAGUGUUGGUUUUUUGAGAAGGGGAGCAACUCUCGCUCUCUUGAAGACGGAAGGGACAUGGCCAGCGGUCAAGGAUGAGUUGAUCAGCGAGGUGAGGUAGGGGAGAAGGUCAUUGCUCCCCUGCUAGCUAGUCCCCGCUGUGCUGUGUCGCCUUGGUAAUGACAUCACCAUUGUCUGUGUCACCUUCAGUCCGUCUCUCAUUAAUUUGUUCCCUCUAUAUUGCUCUCCUCUCUUGUGUUCUCAUGCUGUAAUAUUUGCUAAUCUUUCCUCACUGUGGCUCAAAUGUGACUCCCUCUCCCUUCUCUCUCCCUCUUCCCCUUCCCUCUCUCCCUCUGCCUGGGUCCUGUAGGAGCUCCUGUUUAGUGUGUGUGCCCUGAAUGUCAUCUCCACCAUCGUCUGUGCCCUGGCCACUGCUAUGUGCUGCAUGCAGAUGGUCUCCACUGAUGUGCUACAGAUCGUAAGUAGUGUGACAGAGAACACAAUGGCCACUGUCUCUGACUCUGUCUGACCUGGACUCAAUGAGACUGAUAUAUAGCCUUAUGGAGAGCAGCUCUGAACCAUCAUGAAAGGUAAACACGCCUGGCCUUCUAAUGCUGGCUUCAUAAUUCUCCCCCUCAGAUGGUGGUAGUAGUACCAGUAGUACUGUAGUACCACACAGAUUUGGAAUGAAUUGUCUUCGGUCUGACCAGCUUAGAUAAUGUCAACACACAUCACGAAGGGCACCCAUCCCAGAACAAUUCAGAAUCUCCACAUCACGCUAAAAACCACAGAGGAUUUGAAGAAAACAAUGUAGUUGGUAAUAUGUUCACCUUAAAAGGCAUGCUAUCCUUAAAAUGACCCCCUCGCAUUACAAGGGAAACAAUGACUGUGCCCAAAACCUAAAUGCUUUGCUGUCAUCAGGGAAAUCAAUAUGGCGGGAUGGUCCCUGUGCCCUUCAGAGCAAUGCUCUCAGCCCAUUAAGAAUGACUUUCCCAGAUGAUUGGUGUGCUGUAGCGCCCUCAUAGCCACCAUUAAAACAAAGCAAUAUCAGCGGACACAGAGUUUGUCUGCACCCCUUUAAUAUCUCUGGAGCAUAAAGUUUAACAUUGUAUACGAGAAGGAUUUGUACAGUUUAUGAGCUGAGCUGUAAAUUGUGUGGCCUCCUGGAUGGGUAUAUGGCAGAUAAACCCAGGGUGGGAGAUUGAUAGAGCUGAAUGAUAUUAGUGAGGCAGGAGUUUGGGGCUGGAGCUGGGGCAGAUGUAGGGACUAGCAAUGGGACUGGUGCAGGGGCUAGAGCGGAGGCUGCAGCCAACUGGAGCAGUAGGGGAUUAGUUUCAUCUCAGAGCACAGGGUGGCAAUACAAGACAUCACUAGUGAUCCCAGCUACACAGUCAAUGCACAGACAUAAUGAGCUACAGGACCAUAAGCUUAAGGGCAGGGCAUUGACUUUGCACCUGGUUCAGUUUCUUGAUCUUUUGUGGCUAAAAGAAAAUGCAAAACAAUACUUUUUGUAACCUAAAAUUAUACAGAUUAUACAGAUUUGGUUGGUAAGGGCAAGGUUUUACUAUUCAGUCAGAAUUUCAAUGAGAGGUUUUCAUAUCUUUGUCUUUGACUGAUAAUGAAUAUAUCUAUGUAAACGUUCUAUGCUGUUCUUAUAUGACACAUGAUUGAUGGCAGACGCAAAGCGACAGAUGGGCACAUUUCUCAAAGUCAGAUUUGAACUUCAAAGUAGACAGGCUGAACUGCAGUGCGUCCUGAAUGGGCACUUCUCAAUGGCACGUCGUCGUCUGGUUGUGAGCAGGAGGAAUGUGAGACACGCCACUGUUUUAAAAACACAGACCAGGAGAGAUUAAACUGGCCUGUACAGCCGUUAGGUCACAGGAGGUUGAAUGACAAAGGGCCUGUCUCCUCCUAUUCCCAGUACACACAAUCUGGCUUAAUUCCCAUUUCACAAGGAAAGAUUUCAGCUCCCAGGAAUAAAGCUAGCUGCCUACUAAAGCCUGCUCCAUUGUGUCUGUCUUUAUUAGUCUUGCCCUUAACGACUUUGCCACCGAAAAUGACGCUUGCUACUGCAUAUAGUUCCUUUGUCCAAGUCUCCAAAAAUAAACAGAAUUGUGUUUGCUAGAUAACCUUAUUCUGGAUGCCGUUUUUCUAUAGAAUGUUGUUGAAAUUAACACAUACAAUGGUCCCAGUAUAAAGCUUUCAGAAUGAGACAAAUAGACAACGGUUUACUGUCUCUGAAAUAAAAGCCUGGUUUGUGUCUCUCUCUGUCUGUUUCAGUUCAUGCCACACAGAGCACGAGCCCUGAGCGCUGACUGCAUGACCCCCCACGGCACCAUCCUGCACCAGACCCUUGACUUUGACGAGUUCAUCCCACCCAUCCCUCCACCACCCUACUACCCCCCAGAGUACACCUGCACCCCGGUGAUGGACGGACAGAGGUAUCGCAACACAACAUCACACAACAAAACAGAACAAACACAACAUACCACAACACAACACCUGGACCCCGGUGAUGGGCGAACAGAGGUACCACAGCAAAGCAACAAAACGCAACACCUGCACCUCGGUGAUAGACGUACAGAUGUACUGGCUGCAGCACAACACUCUGACCUCCUAACAACCUCCCACCAGACAGAGUGUUGGCUGACCAACAUAGCCCUCUCCUCUACAGCUGGUUUACAACAUUACAGUGAUGCCUGUUUGAAUGACUGGCUGUAGCAUCUCCUUUGGCACCUGUCACAUUGGGUUUGAUAUAGACUCGCGUUGCCAUACCGCCAAAAUCAUGUCAUUGUCAUGCCUGGAGAAUUUUGUAUUGCAAAAACGGUUAGAUUUUGAUUGGCUGUUACAUUUCAAGAACCCUCCCCCCACACACCCGUAGUGCACUUUUUCAAAUGAUCAAGUGUGGCCGACAGGCUGCGAUUUAUAUUUGUUGAAAUUGAAAGUGGAGUACGCUGGUUAAGUCAAACGUCACAACACGUUCUAAACUGCUCUGUCGACAAACACACUUUUUACCUUGUCUCCAUUCGUCCAUAUGGCUGCUGGCUGCGCUUUGCUACAACCGAAAAAUCUUGCCCAUUAUUAUUAAAGAUAAGGGCUGAAAAAACGGAGGCAGUGGGAGAACCUAUUGAAGUAAGUAAAUAUAUUUUUAAAUGUUAAAAAACUAUGUAUUACACUACUAGUAGGCCACUGUAGGCUAACUCAACUGAGCUGCUAGGUAGCAAGCUAACUUUACACACUGUUUAGCUAAGUGAAUUCAAUGUCAUCAUCUAGCUAACUUUCUAUUAGCUAACUACAGUAUCUUGAUGUAAUCAUUGUAAAUUAAAAACAGUCUCCAAAUGCAUUUGUAGAUAACAGCCAUGGAAGAGGCUGAAAUUGCAGCUCCAGCUUUCAGUAAAGGGAGAGUAUAGGCUACUGGACAGGGCAGGUAACCUUGUGGGAGAACAUUAUGAAAAGAUUAUCCAGUUCCAGUCCAAAGAGGGAAAAACUUUGAGGACAGAGAGAUAAUAGCAACAUAAUGUUCAGUGCUGACUAAUUUCAGUAUAAAGAAGCCUGUUUCUUUGUGAUGUUUUCUGUCCUCAGAUAUGGAAAGCUGUGAAAGCCUGUCUGCAGAUGAAGAGAGAGGUCUAAUGAAUGUCCCAAGAGACUAAUCGUGCAUUUCCAUACAGGAUUUAUCCCAGUGUUUUACCUAAAAGGCUCAGACUUUUCUGUUUCCAUCCACGUGGGCCGGCACCUGUGUCUGGGCCAUGGCUCUGGUGGACCUGCUCUCACUUGGGGCCAAAGCCAGGCCACUGGUACUUUUCAGCCUACAUUUACAAAACAAUGGCUAUCGUUAACACCUUCUCACACAGCAAUUGUGUAUACCAGCGGUAUUUUUGUAAACAACAUGUGCUAACAUAGGUAGGCCUACCUAUAUCACAUGGGUUAUUUAUGUGUAGGCCUACCUAUGUUAGCACAUGUAUACAAAAACACAGUUAAACAUCACACACAAUGUAUAAACCUAUUACAAUUGGACCAGGCCAGCCCUGCUGGAGGUCUGCUAGGUGUGCAGGGUUCUGUUUCAGUCCAGCAAAAACACACCUGAUUCAACUUAUCAAACCUAAUGAGUUUAUAAUCAAGUGUGCUAUUGCUGGGCUGGAACAGAAGUCUGCUUACCCAGUAGAUCAGGGAUCAGUGGAGCAAGGUUGGUCACCGCUGGUAUGGAGUAUUUUGUUCACCUGAAAUUGUGAUUUAGUAAUAAUAGCCUACUUGUUACUACCACUCAAUGUUCUAUUGUUGUUUAGACUAAGAUGUCUAAUCUUUACAUACGAGUUAGCUUAUUUGUAUAUUUUUGUAGUGAUGAACAUUGACAUUGACACUAGUUCAUUUUGAAUAAUAGUUUAACAAUUUAAACAAGUUGAUGUUUAAAUUGUUAAACUAUUAUUCAAAAUGAACUAGUGUCAGUGUUGAUUAAUCACAAUCCUGCAAUAAAGAAGAGAAGGGGUUCUGUCUCUAAUGUGUCUGUUUCUGUGUUGUAUUCUCAAAUGAACAUUUCCUUUUUGUCUAGUUGUAAGAUCUCCAAUCUAUUUUAUUUUAUUGUCUCAGUAUAUCAGCUAUCUGAAUCCAUUUUGCAGCUUAUCAUAUGGCAUGCAUCACUGGCCUUAUGGGGAUCUGUCAUCUGAAGCAGAGAAUAGCUAAACUCUCACAUUGUUUACAUGUUGAGCUAUACAGUGCAUUCGGAAAGUAUUCAGAAAGUAUUCAGACCCCUUCUCUUUUUCCACAUUUUGUUACGUUACAGCCUUAUUCUAAAAUGGACUAAAUAAAUUGUUUUCCUCAUCAAUCUACACACAAUACCCCAUAAUGACAAAGCAAAGCAGGUUUUUAGAAUUAUUUGCAAAUGUAUUAAAAAUAAAAAACAGAAAUACCUUAUAUACAUAAGUAUUCAGACCCUUUGCUAUGAGACUCGAAAUUGAGCUCAGGUGCAUCCUAUUUCCAUUGAUCAUCCUUGAGAUGUUCCUAUAACUUGGAGUCUACCUGUGGUAAAUUCAAUUGAUUGGACAUGAUUUGGAAAGGCACACACCUGGGGAAGGGUACCAACACAUUUCUGCAUCAUUGAAGGUCCCCAAGAACACAGUGGCCUCAUCAUUCUUAAAUGGAAGGAGUUUGGAACCACCAAGACUCUUCCUAGAGCUGGCUGCCCGGCCAAACUGAGCAAUCGAGGGUGAAGGGCCUUGGUCAGGGAGGUGACCAAGAACCCAAUGGUAACUCUGACAGAGCUCUAGAGUUCCUCUGUGGAGAUGGGAGAACCUUCCAGAAGGACAACGAUCUCUGCAGCACUCCACCAAUCAGGCCUUUAUGGUAGAGUGGCCAGACGGAAGACACUCCUCAGUGAAAGGCCCAUGACAGCCCACUUUGAGUUUGCCAAAAGGCACUUAAAGGACUCUCAGACCAUGAGAAACAAGAUUCUCUGGUCUUAUGAAACCAAGAUUGAACUCUUUGGCCUGAAUGCCAAGCGUCAUGUCUGGAGGAAACCUGGCACCAUCCCUACGGUGAAGACUAGCCAGGAUCGAGGGAAAGAUUAACGGAGCAAAGUACAGAGAAAUCCUUGAUGAAAACCUGCUCCAGAGCGCUCAGGACCUCAGACUGGGGCAAAGGUUCACCUUCCAACAGGACAACGAUCCUAAGCACACAGCCAAGACAAUGCAGGAGUGGCUUUGGGACAAAUCUCUGAAUGUCCUUGAGUGGCGCUCCGGUACCGCUUGGCGUGCGGUAACAGAGAGAACAGUCUAUGAUUUGGGUGACUGGAGUCUUUGACAAUUUUUUGGGCCUUCCUCUGACACCGCCUAGUAUAUGGGUCCUGGAUGGCAGGAAGCUUGGACCCCAGUGAUGUACUGGGCCAUACACACUACCCUCGGUAGCGCCUUACGGUCAGAUGCCAAGCAGUUGCCAUACCAAGCGGUGAUGCAACUGGUCAGGAUGCUCUCGAUGGUGCAGCUGUAUAACUUUUUGAGGACCUGGGGACCCAUGCCAAAUCUUUUCAGUGUCCUGAGGGGGAAAAGGUGUUGUCGUGCCCUCUUCACGACUGUCUUGGUGUGUUUGGACCAUGAUAGUUUGUUGGUGAUGUGGACACCAAGGAACUUGAAACUCUCGACCGCUCCACUGCAGCCCCGUCGAUGUUAAUGGGGGCCUGGUUGGCCCUCCUUUUCCUGUAGUCCACGAUCAGCUCCUUUGUCUUGCUCACAUUGAGGGAGAGGUUGUUGUCCUGGCACCACACUGCCAGGUCUCUGACCUCCUCCCUAUAGGCUGUCUCAUCGUUGUCGGUGAUCAGGCCUAAAUAUGUAUUCUGUGGAGCCCUUGGUCCAAGCCACUCACAAUGCUCAGUACAGACUAUUAGAAUGUUGUAGUGGUUUGUUAAGGAGCACUGGUAACAUCCAUGGCCUUGUGUAAAUGUGCCAUUGAUCUCCUUCCCCUUGGUAUAAGAGAGUCAGUUCUAUUCCCACAUCUUUGAAAGCAUGCUGAUCCAGCUGCUUGGCUAGAUGCCAUGUGUUGUUGUCAAUUAGGCUGUAAAUAGAAACAUGUAGAGGAACCCAUUAUUGAGUCCCCUAGCUGAGGGCAGAAACAUGUCAUGACAUCAUCAUGUGCUGGAUGAUUGAUUCCGACACUCAAGUUGUAUUUUAUACUUUGCCACUUCACAGGAGAAUGGGUUUUAAUUAAAAAAAGAUGGCUCUUGCAUGGGUGAGAUAUCUUUAAUUAACGACACAUGAAAAGCAAUAAACAGUUUUGUUAAUGUUUCUCAACCAACUGAAUGUGUGUGUUCACUCUAAAUUGAAGUGUUGCUGGAUUGAGGAAUAAGAGGAUAUUUGUAUUCUUUCUCUCCUCACACCGUUCCUCCCUCCUGUUUCUCUCAUUCAGAAGUCUACAUCUGGACUUCCCACACUCCCCGUUCAGUGCCAUCUAUGGAGUGCCCAUCAACAGCCCUGGGACCCUCUACCCCUCUGAGUUGCCCCCGUCAUAUGAGUCUGUGGUGGGGCUGGGGAUGGGGCAGACCCCUGCCAGUCAGGUGAGUACCACUACCAUCCUUCCCUCAUAAAAGACCAGUGUACUAGCCAGCCUCUUCUAACAUUAUACAUUCCCUAUUCACAGUCUGAGAAUAGUUUAGAACCCCUCUCACUGUUGAAUACUUUCCUGCUUACAUGCAUACUGUAAGAACACAACUACAAAGGAGAGUGCUAAGAAAGGCAUUUUGACUUCAGAAGAAGUUGUUGUAUGAGAUCACAAAGAGAGAAGGAGAAGUACACAGAGAGAAGCUAGCUAGUUUCUAUUUGGGUUGAUGAUUAGUGAGGUGAGAGGAUGUUAUGCUCCUCUCUCUCUGUGUGUAAAUGACUGCCACGGGCUCUAAUAAGGGAUACAUAAUAAAGAUGUGUGACAUUUCCUUCUGCAGAUGACCCAAUUCACUGCUGACUUCAUAAGGCCUCCUGUAAGACAGCAGCACACACAUACAGUGCAUUCGGAAAGUAUUCAGACCCCUUUACUUUUUCCACAUUUUGUUACGUUACAGCAUUAUUCAAAAAUGGAUUAAAUUGUUUUUUUCCCUCAUCAAUCUAAACACAAUACCCCAAAGCAAAAACAGGUUUUUAGAUUUUUUUGCUGAAAACUGAAAUAUCACAUUUACAUAAGUAUUCAGACCCUUUACUCAGUACUUUGUUGAAGCACCUUUGGCAGCGAUUACAGCCUUGAGUCUUCUUGGGUAUGACGCUACAAGCUUGGCACACCUGUAUUUGGGGAGUUUCUCCCAUUCUUCUCUGCAGAUCCUCUCAAGCUCUGUCAGGUUGGAUGGGGAGCGUCGCUGCACAGCUAUUUUCAGGUCUCUCCAGAGAUGUUCAAUCGGGUUCAAGUCCGGGCUCUGGCUGGGCCACUCAAAGACAUUCAGAGACUUGUCCCGAAGCCACUCCUGCGUUGUCUUGGCUGUGUGUUUAGGGUCGUUGUCCUGUUGGAAGGUGAACCUUCGCCCCAGUCUGAGGUCCUGAGCGCUCUGGAGCAGGUUUUCAUCAAGGAUCUCUCUGUACUUUGCUCCGUUCAUCUUUCCCUCGAUCCUGACUAGUCUCCCCGUCUCUGCCACCGAAAAACAUCCCACAGCAUGAUGCUGCCACCACCAUGCUUCACCGUAGGGAUGGUGCCAGGUUUCCUCCAGACGUGACGCUUGGCAUUCAGGCCAAAGAGUUCAAUCUUGGUUUUAUCAGACCAGAGAAUCUUGUUUCUCAUGGUCUGAGAGUCCUUUAGGUGCCUUUUGGCAAACUCCAAGUGGGCAGUCAUGUGCCUUUUACUGAGAAGUGGCUUCCGUCUGGCCACUCUACCAUAAAGGCCUGAUUGGUGGAGUGCUGCAGAGAUGGUUGUCCUUCUGGAAGGUUCUCCCAUCUCCACAGAGGAACUCUGGAGCUCUGUCAGAGUGACCAUCGGGUUCUUGGUCACCUCCCUGACCAAGGCCCUUCUCUCCCGAUUGCUCAGUUUGGCCGGGCCACCAGCUCUAGGAAGAGUCUUGGUGGUUCCAAACUUCUUCCAUUUAAGAAUGAUGGAGGCCACUGUUGUUCUCGGGGACCUUCAAUGCUGCAGAAAUGUUUUGGUACCCUUCCCCAGAUCUGUGCCUCGACACAAUCCUGUCUCGGAGCUUUACGGACAAUUCCUUCGACCUCAUGGCUUGGUUUUUGCUCUGACAUGCACUGUCAAAUGUUGGACCUUAUAUAGACAGGUGUAUGCCUUUCCAAAUCAUGUCCAAUCAAUUGAAUUUACAACAGGUGGACUCUAAUCAAGUUGUAGAAACAUCUCAAGGAUGAUCAAUGGAAACAGGAUGCACCUGAGCUCAAUUUUGAGUCUCAUAGCAAAGGGUCUGAAUACUUAUUUAAAUAAGGUAUUUUUGUUUUUAUUUUUAAUAAAUUUGCUAAAAUUUCUAAAAACCUGUUGUCACUUUGUCAUUAUGGGGUAUUGUGUGUAGAUUGAUGAGGAAAACAAUUUAUUUAGUCCAUUUUAGAAUAAGGCUGUAACCUAACAAAAUGUGGAAAAAGUAAAGGGGUCUGAAUAAUUUCCGAAUGCACUAUAGGUGUGAUGGAAAAAGUCUAUUUUAGAUGAGAUACAGAAGGCACAUCUUUUCUGCUAGAACAUCAGAGCAGGUAUAGAUUUCAGUUUGAUGAGUUUAAUGUAACAUCCUGUUUUUCCUAUGAACUCAUGGAGGUACUAUUGUUGUCCACCUGGAGAAAAUGGGAGUUGUCACUUCUUCAAGGAAUAUAGUUGGUUUCCUGUUUUAAUGCAGCUGGGUCGUUCCACCAAUUCGGUGCAUUCGAGAAGUGUAACUUGGUAAAAAAACAAACAUUUGAUUUCAUCUCAUUUUAAUAUUGUCAUAAAGAGCACAUGUUCAAUUUUUCCCAUCUCUUGAGGUUGCAUUUUUUAAAGACUAUAGUUAUUGCCUAUUAAGUGCCAAAUAAAGUAACAGGGUUGACUGUAACAGGGUUGACGAUUUCAUCUUAAAUCAGCCAUACAUCCCCUUGUGACAGGGGGAAUGGACGCUUGUUGUGUGCAACAGGGAGUGGCAAUUGAAUGCAAGCUUAACAAAAAAAUUAAACAUAUAUUAUUUGCUCUAAAAUGUAAUACCAAAAGGCUUCCCCCCCAUCUUUUAGAGCUUUUCGCACAGAUUUUCUGAAAAUGAUCUUCUAACAAAGAAUCUGUGAAUGAGGUCAAAUCAAUAUAGCGUUUUCUCACCUGAAGUACAUACCUUUGAAGUGUUGAUGCAGGGAGAGCACCUGAGGGCACUGGUUGCUGUUAGAUGUAUGCCUCAUAGGGGAGCAGCUGCAAUCGGAGGGAUCUGGAUCCCACUCUCAUCGCUCACCUAGCAGGUUGACUAGAAUAGAGGCAUGGACCCCAAAUGAUCAGUUUGUACAGGUGACUGCAGCUUAUGAACGGUAAGACUGAGGCUUUGUAUUGGAACAUACUGUAUAUUAAAUGGUACUACAGACACUACACAGCAUUACAUGCUUCUAAGACCCUGGUUAUCCUUUUUCAUAUUCACUGCUAUGAUUUAGAAAUACUCAUCAUGAUGGGAUGAGAAAGCAAGCACACAUAACACAUAACAUAAUAAGCAUACAAUUAUCUAAGAAAACCACAUUAUAGUGACAGUUCACCACCUCUAAAAUCCCAAUGGAAUUCCUGAUGUAGAGUGGAUGAUGUGUGCUUAGAGAGCCCUCUACUGGCCAGAGUGUGGUACUGAGCACAUGGUUGCCAGAUGUGUCGGGAAGAAGCAGAGGCCUCUGACAGAUGUUCUCCAAAAGGAUUCUCCGCCUCUCCCACCUGUUCCUCAUCUUUAAUAUGGGUUUCACUAAUGGCAGAAUUGUUUGGUUCCCUCACUCAUUAUCCCUUUGGAAAUGUGUCUCCUUUGUUAACUGUAAGAACUAAUAAUUUAUGUGUGUGUGUGUGUCCAUUUGCUCCUCUCUGCAGGUCACUACCAGCAUUGAUCAGCAGGCCACUGAGUCCAGCCUCUGUGAGAGAAACACCACAGCUGGUCUCAGUACUCAGGGUAAGGAAGGCUUAAUCACUAUCACUACAGCCAUCCCUCACACCACAUUGACUGUGUGUGUGAACAGGCUGGUGUAUCUCAUCCAUAGGGUUGAGCCAUGUUUGAUAUCUAUGCCUGUACUGUAGUUUGGUCUGUGCAGCUGAUGCUUGUGCUCUCCUGUGUCCUGUCCUAGCCUCUGUGGACAGUGCCUCUCUAAUGGUAUCAGAGGAGGUGGCAGAAAUUCCAGACCACAGUUGCUCUUCAGAGGAUCUCUGUUCCCUGGAGGUGCAGGGCUCUGACUCCUCUCCCUACGGCACGCUGCACACCGCCCCGACUGAUGGCAGCUGUAUCAGUCUAGAGCUCAGUGCCCGCUUCUCCCACCGCCACCAUGGCCUGGCCCGGCUCGACGACACUGGCUACAGCGAUUCCUCCCACAACCAGGACUCCAUUCCCCGCUCUCCAAACUGGUCCAUAGAGAACAUCAACACACUGGAGCACGAGGAGGCCAAGGGAGGAGCAACGCUACACACACACCUCAGAGAACGAGCCAGUAGGAAGCAGCUGAUUCUUCAUGUUCCUCCAACUCCUCCCUCCCUGCCCUCUGCCUCCACCUCUGCAUCCACAGCCUCCGUAGAGGCAGCCUCAGCAGCCCAGAGCCUCCCUACCUGCCCCUCCCCGUCCCCCCCUGCCCGGCCCCGUGGCUCCCGGCUGUGCUUCAGUGUGUGGUCCCCAUCCUCCUCUUCCUCCUCCCCGGCCUCGCAGCCCCCUUCUACCUCUGCGCCCGCAGAGCGACCCCGCAUGCUCCGGUCUGGCAGGCGGUAUCUCAAGCUGGCUCGAAUCGUACGCUCCACCAGCGACCCUAUCUCCUGUACCUCCAUAUCUGGAAGUACGUUAGUUGCUCCUGUGUCGGCACGGCACUGCUCCUCAUGGGUUGUUGCACUAACAUGUUGGUUAGGAAAGAUUCUGUCAUUACUGUUGAGAUGAACAGGGUUAAUCAGACCACACUUGCCACUGUGACUGUAGUGAUAAGUGAUACAAUUAUAGGUAACUAGCAUCACUUAAUUUGGUGAAAUGCAAAUAAUAUACUUUAGCAUGAGUACUUGUUCACCAUAAAGUUAACAUCUCCCUUCUGCAGGUGACAGCUGUGGCUGCCCCUCUGCAAGCAACCCUCCUCCUGAAGAUUCUCCUCAGACUUCACCAGAGCAAGGUAACGCCCACCACACCAGAGCCUUUACCACCUCUCAACAAUGUAUGCCUUUCACAUUUCCCCACCAGGUCACUCCCCACCUAACCUGGCAGUCUACACGUACCUCUGGCCAAAACACCCAUUUAGAACAGCAACUCGUAGGAGAAAAUAGCGUUCACCUACAGAAUGUGCAAAUGUGUUGAAUGUGUUGAGUCCCGCCUGAUUGGAUGUUGUUGUCUGUUUGUGUCUUCGGUAUGUUCAGAGUCUACAGAGGUGGCAGCUUCCUCUCCACACCGCUGCCAAAGUCAGCACCUGCAGUGGCAGGAAGCAGAAGGAGGGGAGGAAAGUGGACAUCCGCCUCAAACCACGAGCCCUGCACACGGUCUCCAAUGAGCGCCCACACUCUCUGGCUGACCUCAAGACGUAUAAAGACACCAAAAUCCUGGUGGCCAAAUUCCUGGAGCACUCCAACUGUAGUUUACCUCCAGAAGUCCAGCAAGUGGUCAACAGCAUCAAGUAUGUCAUCAAGUCUGACGAGAGACACAUGGAGGAAGCUAUAUUCAGUGCCAAUGUCAUAGAUCAGGUACGUCUAUCGAUGGGCAUGAGUAUGAAUGCAUAUGAAUGCAUAAAAUAAGCUGGUCUGAUAACUUAAUGAAACCAUUGUUGUAUCAUUCUGGUCUAAAUUGUUGGUGAGUUAUAUUUAUGGAUUUGUUUGUUUGUGUCUGUUACUUUGCACAGGUGAUGACACAGUCACAACGCAUCAUCGGCAGCCCAAGGAAGCGUGCCCAUGAAGACCUGCACCUCCAAAGCUGUGGGGCCUUGAGUUCCCCUUCCUCAUCCCUGCGCCGUCCACCUACAGCACCAGGGCCUCCCAACCCCCCUGCUCCCCUGGACUCCUCUCCCUCACCCUCUGAACGCACUCAAAGCCUUUUGUGUAGAGAGACCAUCCUUUGACCGCCUUCCCUCCCCACCAAGGACUCAACCCCUAUCUCUAUCUCAUAGUGCCCUGUGAGACCGUGCCAAGACAUCAGCAGAAACAGACUCAGCAAGUCAUGUCUGGAGUGGAUUGGCUUCUGUUCUCUCUCAUAUCAAAAACACCAGAAUGUUCUCUUCUCCCUCAGGGGAUUUUUUAACAGUCUAAACCCUGUAAAAUACACUUGUAAGCCAACUAAAUGGAGAUGUCAUGAUGAAAAACUAGUGCUCUACUUUAUCAAAAGGAAAAAAACAACUUUGUAUUAAAACUGUGAACUGGACAGACUUGGGAUGGUACUAGCUCCUGCAGACUUUGUGGAUUCUAACUCUGAUUGGCUGUGUGCCACUGUGUGCCACUGCAGGACAGAGAACUUGACAGAAGUGGAUUAUUUAACUUACCUCAAUGUGUUACCAUUCUUAUCAGUGUUACAAUAAAAUAUGAC